AUGGCAAGAGUCAAGAGAAAUGCCCGAGUAACUAAUUCAGACGGCUCUUAUACACAUUAUGACCUUCUUGAACAUAGAUCCGGUACCCCAAGCACUCCUGGAGACCCUUAUUUAAAUGAUUCUGGGGAGUCGUCCUCUGAGGAAGAGGCGGCUCCUGCUGUAAAUAAUUCAGUGGAGUCGUCCUCUGAGGCAGAGGCGGCUCCUGCUGGACCUUCUAAGCCAAACGAUUCGUCCGACUCUAGUGACGAGUCGGACACAAGUAAUGAGAGCCAGAACUCUUUAGACUCUGAAGAGCUGUACUCUAGAAUUCACACAGCUAGAGAGUCUUUGAGUGUGAAAAUGGGGGAGGACUGGGCCGAGUCCAUGGCUUCCCACCGAGACUUCUACGCCCCUUAUUUCCAUCAUGUGCCUGAAGGAAGGCGGAAGGUUAUGACGAAGAGAUUUGGAGAGUCUGAAGCAAUGGAGAAGGUCACAGCUUCAAAAAGAGCGGCAGCACAGUACCGCUUGGCGGUUUUCGGCAAGCGCCCAACCGAGGAGUCACCAGCCAAUCAGUCGGCUGGGGCGGCUGCGAAUCAGCAAGUCAAGGACGACUUGGAGGCGGCCAAAGAAAAGAUAAAGGAGCUUAAGCUCAAAGUCUCCGAGAACCAGGGGAAGGUUGACGCCCAUGACGAGGCUAUGAAGGCGGAGGGGGAUCUGAAAACCAGCAACGCCCGCCUGAAGCAGCGCCUGGCCAACCAAGAAAAGCAGCUAGCCCAAAAAUAUAAGUCGAGGUUUGAAGAGAAGAAGAAAGACCUGGUCGCCGACAUGAUGGAAGACUGUAGUGCCAUCAUGAAAAUGACCUGGGCCCGCCUCUAUCCAAAUACCGACUACUCAACAUGGGGGAGCCAGUUUACCGCCUGCACUCGAGAGCAUGACGAGGCGGUCAUGGGACGAGGCGAUGACCAGGAGGAGUCUGAGUCUUUUUCUUCUUCUAAGGAGGAGGUGGUGGCUGCUGAGGCUGAAGGGGAAUCUUCAAAAAAGGCGCCUGAACAGGAGCAAGAAACUGUUCAGAGCAAUCAAGUGUCCCCUCCCCAGCAAGAGAAGGCGGUUGCUGAAGGCGAGGUCCCGCCAACUGUUUAA